AUGUCUUCAGAAAAACAAGACAAUCUAUUAGCAGAUUUUACACCAAGUGCUGCAACACUGGAACAAACCAAAGAAAAAGUUCAUGCUAAAACGAAUUAUAACGCUCUUCCGGUGAGAGCCUACCUUGACCAAACCGUAGUUCCAAUUUUAUUGCAAGGAUUAGCCAGCGUUGUAAGAGAACGACCAGAAGAUCCAAUACAAUAUCUUGCUUCCUAUCUAUUAAGGCAUAACCCUAAUAAAAAGGAAGAAGGUGAUGAUGAUGAAAGAGACACAAAUGAAAAGAUGGAUUAG